AACGACAAUCAAAGUUACCUUGUAAACAAAGAUGGCAUCAAGCUUUGCAAGAACUGCUACCAAACAAGCGCGACCAUUAAUUUCCGCAACUAGAGAAGAUGCUAAAAGAAAUGUUUUGCGUUUAUAUAAGUCUUGGCAAAGACAACUUCUGUAUAUCAUACAAGUACAUAAUUUGCCUAUUACCUUGAAGAUGGGAAGAGAAAAGAUAAAAGAAGAGUUUUUGAAGCAUAAAGAUGUAACUGACAUCCGAGUUAUUGACAUGUUAAUAGCCAAGGGUCGCAUGGAAUUAACAGAAACGGUCCAAGUAUGGAAACAAAAGACUCAUGUUAUGGCAUAUUUCAAGGACACAGUGGAACCUAAGCCUAAAGACUUUUUAGGUCGCUUUUUUUCUGGAUUAGAGUAACAUUGUGUAUUGUAAAUAGCCUUUAAAAACAAGCAAGUAUAAUAUUUGGAACUUUUUUAAAUAGCUAAUUAACGAGAAUAAUUUUUAGUUUGUUUAAGAUUGAAAGUUAGGAGAAAAUACAGAAAUUUAUGUGGAUUUAUUCUUUCAAAUAAAGGAAGAAUUAACGUUUGUUAUUAUAUGGAAUAAAAAGUUUUUUGUUUUUGUGC